AUGGGAUUCGAAAGGGGGUGUUCAGAAAGUCGACUCGACUACGGUCAAAUCUGUGAGUACUUCAGAUUACUGUCUUUCAUUGACAUUGUGGCUCUUCGAGUUGAUGUUCUGAAAAGAGGACGUCGUCUGAUAGCGAGACGAGUCGAUGAGCGAUUCGCACACGCCGUAGCGUUUUGCGAAGAAAUGUGUGGAACGCUGGAUCCUAAGUCUUUGCUUCUGUGCUCGCAGAACCCCUACUUUUCAUGGUGCAUGGGAGAGCUGUCCCUGCAGCGAUUGUCUUCAUUUCGGAGCUUGGAUUCGCUAGUUUUGGAAAAUAUGACCGGAGCGGAAGUGUUCAGCAGUAUCAAGGCGGCUUUGGAUCUGCGAAAGCUGAAAGAGAUCCGUAUGCGAUUGGACGCCAAACAUCAGAACGAAGUCGAGAACAUCCUAUGGGUCGAUGUUCAAGGUUCUCUGUUGUCGUCAUUAGCUGAAGCUCACGUACGCUGUCUAGACUUCUCAGCGUUCUCCGAAUCUCCUGCUGCUAUUAGCGCUAUUACUGCCGAGGAUAUGUGUCAAUUUAUUAAGACCUGGCGGUCUUUAAUGAUACCAUGGAUGAUCAAGUCGAUUUUGUUCAAUUCGACGGUCACCAUCAGCGAGUUUCGCACCGUGGCAGGACGUGCAGGACUCUUUGCCGCUGCCCUCACCGAUAUACCAUACUGUCGCUUCAGGACCUAUCAUCCAUCAGACCCGAACGCAAAGCUUGAACUGUCCUGUUACGGUAAUGGGAUUGCUACUCAAUGGUGCAUCCGUUCAGGAUAUCUGACGUCAUAA